UUUUGACUUUGACGUUUAUACUUAACCUUAUAACACUUAAAGUUAAAUAGAUUAUUCCAUUCAAGUCUUUUAAAUUUAAAUAAAAUGAUUUGAUAUUUUAAACAACAAAAUGAAUAGUAUUAAAUCUUUAUCAUUUUGUAAGCAAUCUUUUUGUAGUAUUACAUUACAAAACAAAGUAUUUCAUAAUUAUAAAUGCCUGUCUACCAGUAAUAUUCUUAACAAAAUUGAUCCAAAUUUAGUUAAUAUCUUUGAUCGAAAAACUAAAAGUUUACAAAGAAAACGAGCAGCUUUAGCUGAAGAUGUGAAUUUAUAUGAUUAUCUAAAAGAUGAAAUCGGUUUUCGAUUGGCUGAUAGAAUUUUUGAUAUUAAAAGAAAGUUUAAAAUCGCAGCUGAUAUAGGAUGUAGCAGGGGCUACGUAUCUAGGCAUAUCUCUCCAGAUUCAGUAGAAGAACUGAUUCUAUGUGAUAUUAGCAAGACAAAUUUAGAUGCUGCUGGUGUUCAAGAAGGAAUAAAAACUAAAAAACAAAUUCUAGAUGAAGAACAUAUAGAAUUUGAACCCAAUUCACUUGACUUAGUUGUAUCUUGUCUCAGUUUACACUGGGUGAACGAUUUACCUAGAGCUUUCAAGCGAAUUCUGGAGAGUCUUAAAGAAGAUGGUGUUUUCUUAGCUGCUGUAUUUGGAGGGGACACUCUGUAUGAACUGCGUUCUUCUUUACAAUUAGCAGAACUUGAAAGACGUGGUGGACUGUCCCCUCACAUUUCUCCUUUUACUGAAGUUCGAGAUAUAGGUGGAUUAUUGACACAUGCUGGUUUUACCAUGUUAACAAUUGAUACAGAUGAGAUUGUUGUCAGAUAUCCAUCUAUGUUUGAAUUAAUGCUAGAUUUAAAAGGAAUGGCUGAAAGUAACGCAGCUCUAAACCGAUCAUUACAUUUACACAGAGAUACACAAUUUGCAGCUGCAGCUAUUUAUCAACAGCUUUAUGGAACUUCGGAUCCCGAAUCUGGUCAAGUAACAGUACCUGCAACAUUUCAGAUUAUAAAUAUGCUAGGCUGGAAACCACAUCCAAAACAACCAAAACCUCUCGAAAGGGGUUCAGGGGAAGUGUCUUUAAAAGACUUACAUAGAUUGGAUGAAAUUAUAAAGGAAGUUGAAAAAGUUAAAAUAGACGAUGACAAUGAUAAACGUUAACUGUUGUUUGUGGUUUUAUUUUGUAUAAAACAGAUGUUAAUUAUUUUAAUAAAUAUUCUAUUCCAA